AUGUCUUCAGGACUCAUGAUUCCCAAUCUACGACAAUCAAAUGCUUCUGGCAGAUCGACCCCUCUGUCUACGGCCUCCAACCGAUCCAAUUCCCCCGCAAAACCGGCCGCCCCCACCGGAGAUAGCUUCGCAAGCUUGGUCUCGUUCGGUCCCUCCGCAGGCAACAAGAACCUCUCUCUGGCAGAACAGCAGAAGCGAUUAGAAGCCGAGAAAGCGCAAAAAGAAAUAGAAAACAGAAAACGGUUCGAGUCUCAAUACGGUGGGCAGAACUCGCAGUUUUGGGAUAACUUUGAGCAAGGUCGUACGCGGAGCCCAGCUGGGGGAGCGUUGUCGCAACCGGUCGCAUCAACCGCUGAUGAUGAUGAUUUGCUGGCUGCCUUCAAUGCUAAAGCACCUGUCGAUGCCUCUACAAAUUUCCCCAUUCCCAGUGCCUCCCCGUCGCCAGGACUUGGUGCGAGGCCCUCACAAGGUGUGAAUGGUGGGGGUAUCCAGAUGCAAGACAACACUGGGGGAAUGAGCGCAUUCGAUGACGAUGACCCAUUCGGACUGAGUGACCUCAAGAGUAAAUCAGCAGCUCGCUCCGCGCCGGCUCCAGCUCAAGAGGAUGAUGAUGACUUUUUGGGAUUGCUAGGAAAGCCCGUGUCGGAAAUACCCCGCCAACAAGUGGUUCCGGAGACAAGAGCAUCUCCCGUUAAUGGUCGGGAAGAAAGUGAAGCUUCGCCUAUGCCAUCUAAUGAUGUAGACCGGGCUAUUGCAGAGCUGGUCGACAUGGGAUUCCCGGCAGACAAGGCCCGACUAGCUCUUAGAACUACUUCAUCAGGUACUGAUGUCCAAGCUGCAGUAAGCUGGCUUCUUACAUCGGCGCACGCUGAAGCCAGACAAAAGGCACAGGGUCGAUCACCAGCUAAUGAUCAUCCUGAGAGGAGCCAAAGCCGCAACCGUGAUGCACCAUCGUGGCAAAAUGAAAGGAGAUUCCAGGACCCUCGGUCGCGUGAUGACAGCCGUAGUCCUGCCGCCGGGGAGAAAGACCCAGCCCAAAUUGCAGCACAAUUUGGGAACAAUUUCUUGAAAACGGCAAAUUCAUUAUGGAAAACAGGAAGCAAGAAAUUCCAACAAGCCGUGAAUGAAUUUAAUGCAGAUCAUGACCCCAGUCAACCCAAGUGGAUGCGCGAUGCGUCUGUGUCUCGUGAGGAGUCACCUUCUCAGCCGCCGCUACCCACUCGGCGCGCCGAUGGAACAGGUCAGCCGCAAGGGCAGAAGGAUACAGAAUUUACAAAUGAGGCGUUACUAUUAGAUUCGCAAGAAACGCGUCCUCGGAAGCCCCCUCGCCCAUCCCAGCCUGCUUCAAGUGGUCGCGAUCUGCGGCCCCAGCCAUCUCCCCCAGCUGGGCAGCUGAUGCAGCAGCAACCCCAUUUCCUCCAACGACCCUCACGACCAAGUUCCCAAGAACCUAAAUCUCGUCUGUCCCGGUUUGCUGCAGAAGAGCAGUCGGCGCAAGCAUAUGUCAGUCCUGCUAGACGCAAGCGGCCCCAGGCCCAAGCUCAAGCGCCACCAGCGGCACCCGAGCCUACUGUUGAUCUAUUUGAUUCUCCCGCUCCUUCAACCAAUCAAUCUAAACCAACUCCAUCUCGACCUACGCCGCCUCCUGCACGAUCUGCUUCUAUUCCUGUACGACCUAAAGCUCCGCCACGAUCUAUCCCGCCCGUGUCCCCAGAAGCUCUUCAAUCCACUCACCGCCACCGCGAGAAAGCAGCAGAGGCAUAUAAGCGGGGUGAUUAUGCAGCUGCACAUGCAAGCUUCUCGACGGCUCUUGGAAUGCUUCCUGAUAGGCAUCCAAUCACCAUUAUGAUUCGAAGCAACCGUGCCAUGACAGCCCUCAAGACCGGUGAACCCAAGACAGCCAUUGACGACGCCGACAUUAUAUUGGAUUUGAUUGGACCCUCAAGAGGCGAGAAUGAAGUCAUCGAGUUAGAAAAUGGUGAACCCGCCAAAUCAAUGAGGGAUUUCUUCGGCAAGGCUCUCAUGCGCAAGGCCGAAGCUUUGGAGCAGCUCGAGCGAUGGGCCGACGCUGCCCAGGCGUGGAAGCUGGCAGUGGAGACUGGUCACGGUGGAAGUACUUGUAUUCAAGGCCGCAAUCGGUGCGAGAAAGCUGCCGGGAUCAGCAAAUCGCCUACUAAACCCUCGGCUCCUGCUAAAAGGAGACCUGCACCAGUACCUAAGAAAGUUUCUGCACUCUCUGAUCUUGGCCCUUCAAGCUCUGGUCAGGACUCGGCAGCCGUCGCCCGUCUGCGGGAGGCGAAUCAAGCUGCGGAACGUGCUGAUCAGGAGAAAUUUGCUCUCACAGACAGUGUCGAUAGCAGAAUAGCGAAGUGGAAGAAUGGAAAGCAGGAUAACCUGCGCGCACUUCUGGGUAGUCUGGAUACAGUACUCUGGUCUGAGGCUGGCUGGAAGAAGGUGGGCUUGUCGGACCUUGUCUUGGCGAAUAAGGUCAAGAUUAAUUAUAUGAAGGGUAUUGCAAAGGUGCAUCCCGACAAGAUCCCUACCACUGCCACAACGGAGCAACGUAUGAUCGCCGGUGCUGUAUUCGGCGCAUUGAAUGAAGCUUGGGAUAAGUUCCGAGUUGAUGAAAAGCUCUAA